AUGUCUAGCACAAAUCCACCAAAAACUAGAAGAAUUGCAGUACUUGGAGCACGUGCUGUUGGUAAAUCCUCCCUUGUCAUUCAGUUCUGUGAAAAUCACUUUGUAGAUAGCUAUUAUCCCACUAUUGAAAAUACAUUUACAAAGACUAUCAAAUACCGUGGAAAUGAGUAUAGUGUGGAAAUUAUGGAUACAGCAGGCCAAGAUGAAUACUCAAUUUUGUCAGCACAUCAUGCUACCAGUAUGAAUGGUUAUGUAUUAGUUUACUCGAUUGCUUCUCGUUCAAGCUUUGAUAUGGUGAAAAUCAUCAGAGAUAAAAUUCUGGACUUCACAGGCUUAGAAAAUGUACCUUGUGUAUUGGUUGGAAAUAAAUCAGAUUUAAAUAUUCAAAGACAAGUAUCAAUAGAAGAAGGGAAAGAGUUGGCUCAGCAAUGGCAAUGCCCUACUAUUGAGACUUCAGCCAAGCAUGAUGAAAAUGUCUCAAAAAUAUUUGAUCUACUUAUCGCACAAAUCGAAAAAGCGAAUAAGCCUCCUGCUGAAGAAAAGGGUGGAUGCAUCAUAUCUUAA